CAUCCACAGGAUCGAGGAGGGACACCUGGCCGUGUACUACAGGGGCGGAGCCUUACUAACUAGCCCCAGUGGACCAGGCUAUCAUAUCAUGUUGCCUUUCAUUACUACGUUCAGAUCUGUGCAGACAACACUACAAACCGAUGAAGUUAAAAAUGUGCCUUGUGGAACAAGUGGUGGAGUCAUGAUCUAUAUUGACCGAAUAGAAGUGGUUAAUAUGUUGGCUCCUUAUGCAGUGUUUGACAUUGUGAGGAACUACACUGCAGAUUAUGACAAGACUUUAAUCUUCAAUAAGAUCCACCAUGAGCUGAACCAGUUUUGCAGUGCCCACACACUUCAAGAAGUUUACAUAGAAUUGUUUGAUCAAAUAGAUGAAAACCUGAAGCAGGCACUGCAGAAGGACUUAAAUGUCAUGGCCCCAGGUCUCACUAUCCAGGCUGUGCGUGUUACAAAACCAAAAAUCCCAGAAGCCAUAAGAAGAAAUUUUGAGUUAAUGGAGGCAGAGAAGACAAAACUUCUUAUAGCUGCACAGAAACAAAAGGUUGUGGAGAAAGAAGCUGAGACAGAGAGGAAAAGGGCUGUUAUAGAAGCAGAGAAGAUUGCACAGGUGGCAAAAAUUCGUUUUCAACAGAAGGUGAUGGAGAAAGAAACUGAAAAGCGCAUUUCUGAGAUUGAAGAUGCUGCGUUCCUGGCCCGAGAGAAGGCGAAAGCAGACGCUGAGUACUAUGCUGCGCACAAAUAUGCCACCUCAAACAAGCACAAAUUGACCCCGGAAUAUCUGGAGCUCAAGAAGUACCAGGCUAUUGCUUCUAACAGUAAGAUCUACUUUGGCAGCGAUAUCCCUAACAUGUUCGUGGACUCCUCUUGUGCUUUGAAAUAUUCUGAUGUUAGGACUGGAAGAGAAGUCUCCCAUCCCCCUGAGGAGGCUCUUGAACCCUCUGGAGAGAGCCCCAUCCAAAACAAGGAGAACACAGGUUGAUGCAAGAGGUGGAAAUGUUCUCCCAUAUCAAGAUGUGACCCAAGGGGCUAAGUGGGAACAGUGGUUAUGUGGACUCUUCAAAUUCACAGAGCAUUUGUGUUCUGUUGUGACUCUGUUGUCAUAGUCCUGGUUUGCCAGCUGACUGCAGGGUAGGACCAGCUGUCUGGCACUCAAAUGGUCUUUGCAGUCACAGUUUUAUCAAGUACCUUGUAUUUGUUCCUUUGUAAGCCAGCGCUCAUGAGUGAGGGAAAGUGAUGCUAAGAUACUGCCUGCACUGGGGUGUCAAACACUAUAUAACGAGCUGAGGUCUAUUGAAUAAUGUUUACAUUGGUCUCUGGGGACGUGUGUGCUCAGACAUUGAAGAGAAAGGAGGCCAGAGAAAGGACCACCCGAAGAUGGUAAGUUAAAGAAGACUGUGACACUUGAGACCCAGGUUCUCUUUAAAGUCCUGUUCCAGCAUUCCUCCAUGUGAUUAACAGCCGGGCCUCUGGGUUCCUAGGCAAUGAUCUUCCAGUUGAGCAACCAUUUACUUGACACAAAUUGUACCUUUCUGUUUUCCUACAGUCAGGUUGGUGGUCUACAGGGACACACACUUUGCCACCCAACCAGAGGUUUCUUGCAGAGAUUCCUGAUCACUAGUUUAUUGCAUUAGUAAACUCAGAGAUCAAGAAAGCAGCUGGAAUUUAAGGGAAAUAAAACCUGCACUGCACCAAAGCUGUGGGGCCCUGUGUUUCCUCUAUUGGGUGAUGAUGUUAGCAUCACUUCCCAGCCCAUGUGUGACUAAAGUGCUUGGUUUUAGCCACAGACAACUACUUAAAUGUCACAUCUUGGCUGAGCAAAGUUGGGACAAGGGUUUAACCUGACAUAGGAGCAAUGUGCAAUCCCUAAUUCACUGCACAGUAUUAUAAUUGCAGGACAUUUGUAUUUUAAAACUGGAUUUGGGGAACAUUCAUUUGCCCCAGCACUUCUAGCAAAAGGCCAAGGUUCUAGGGCUGCCAUGGUUGCUAACACACUGAGUCUCCUUAAAGUCGUUCACAAAGUGUGGAACCAAGUAACCCAGAGAGCAUACUCGGCCAUCUUUGUAGCCCUCCCUCUGACCCCAGGAUGCUGGUAUCAAAGUUGCUUUUCCAACUUUCACCUCUAGGAAAUCAGAAUUCCACUGACUUUCUGGGCAGCCAUUGAAUUUAUUUUCUGUAAGAGUUAACCUGUGGCUACAGGAGAUCUACUUCAUCUUGACUUUUUCCUCCUAUCACAUGAACUUUCCUGGAACAUUACGCUGCACAGGUAGACCUGAGUCUGCCCAGCUUGUUGACAGCUCUUGUGUAUACUGUGUUGAAGCCAGACGGAAAAGAAAUGGGGCCACUUCCUGAAAACUCUCAACCGUUGCCCACAACAGCUGAAGGGUUGUGCCAAACAUUUUCUUGGGAAAGGAAAGCCCGGAUUUGAAUGGGUCUUUCCCCCAGGCCUUAUAGUGUAGAGGCAUUUGUAAUAUGGAGAAAAUAAUUUUCUCAUUUCAUUAUAUAAAUUACCCUUAAAUGACUUUGGUGUUCUUUAGCCCUUGUUAUAAGAAUUUUUGAACUGCAUAACUAUACCUGUCAUAUUGUUGCUGCGGAUAAGUAAUGAUUGCCGUGGGAUAUCUGGAUCAUUGAGCUUUAUGCUUUCAUUUCUAGAGAUGUUUCUUAGUGAAAGGCUGUUGCCCCAAAGUGAUGGCUCUGGGUUUUCUUCCCAGCCACAGGCCCUGUUGGCUGGGUUGAGGAACAGGGAGGGAAGUACCAUUGUCAAAGAUUAAAGAAAGCACUUCCAGUUGAGCUCCCUAUGGGGUGACCUUCCCUGUACCUGCCCACUCAGUGAACUAAGUCUGGCCAUCCUUCAGGGAUGUUCCUUUUGGUAAAUAUACACUGUAAUCUUUAAGUCUAAAUUUAUAUGUGAAAGCUACCUUUUUAAAAAUAAGAACCUAAAUAAAAUUAUUUUCCUACCAGUGA